AUGAAUAAUAGUUUAAUUCAUAAUAAAUUGAUUCAAUGGAUUUUUAUUGAAUUAGAAAAUUAUGUUUAUGUUUAUGGUGUUAUUAGUAAAACAGGACAUCAUGAAAAUGACAAAUUACUUAAACAAUACGGUGAUACAAAUGACAAUGGAAUUAUAACAAAUGGUGAUCUUAUCAGUGAAAAUAAUCAUAAUGAAUCUUCCAAUGACGUGGAUACAGAAGACGAUAUUCAUAAUCAUAACGGAUUGGCUCGAUGGGGUGAAGGAAAUCCCUAUCGCUUGAAUUCUGAACAGUCCAAGUCAAAGAAUGACGAAGAACACGAGACUACUGAAGAAAAGUAUAGUGAAGAACAUGGAAAAGAAAACACAAGUACAGAAAAUCAGGAUGAAGAAAUAAAAACUGAAAGUGAAACUUCAGGUCAUCAACAUGAAGGAAUUGUCAAUUGGGGACGACAUCAAACGGAAUAUUAUGAAGACAUAUUUACAGUCGUGAAUAAAACCAAAAACAAUCUUCAAAAGUUCACUAAAAUUUCAACUAUGAACAUAAUUCCGUCUCUUUUCAUUUCAUUAGAUGAAAAUAGAACAUUUCAUAACAACACGAACAGAAUUCCCGAAGAUAUAUCAGACAAUAGUUCACUUGAAACGACUCCUAUGAAUAUCAACGAGUCCCUUACUCAUAAUCUGAAUAGUCAUGAUCAUUAUCAUUAUGAUCAUGAUCUUAAUAAUGAUGAUAAUACUACUGAUUUAUUGCAUGAUGAACAGAUCAUUGAUCAUUUAGUUGAUCCAUUAUUAUCAGAUAUCUAUGUAGCAAAUAAUCAUUCUACAAUUUCAACUCAUACAGACAAUGGAGAUGAUGACUGGAAAGCUGAACAAUCAUGCCGAAAAUGUAUCAAAUGGCAGAAAUUACAAUUAACACUUCCGUGCUUAUUAUAUCCGAUAAAUUUUGAUGCACCUCAAGAAGUGAAUCAAACCAAAAUAAUUUAUGUACAUGUAAUGAGAAAAGUGAUUGCACAAAUUAAUAAAAGCUUAAAUGAAUUGUUAUUAGAGUUGGAGCCAUAAUAGUUUAUACUAUUUCUAUAAAAUUCUAAUAUUAUGAUAAUGAACGAACUUACUGUAACACGUCAGUCAA